AUGGAAGAAAAUCAGACAAUGGUCACAGAGUUCAUCCUGCUGGGAUUCUGUCUUGGCCCGAAGAUUCACCUAGUACUUUUUGCAUUGUUCUCUUUCUGCUAUACCUUUACCCUGUUGGGGAAUGGGUUUACCCUUGGAUUAAUCUGCCUGGAGACCAGGCUCCACACUCCUAUGUACUUUUUCCUGUCCAAUCUGUCCAUUGUUGACAUCGCCUAUGCUUGCAACACGGUGCCCCAGACACUAGUUAACCUCUUGCAUCCAGCCAAACCCAUUUCCUUUGCCGGCUGCAUGAUGCAGACAUAUCUCUUUUUGACAUUUGCUGCCACAGAAUGUCUCCUCCUUGUGGUGAUGUCCUAUGAUCGAUAUGUUGCCAUCUGCCACCCCCUACUCUACACUGUCAUCAUGAACUGGAGAGUAUGUACCAUCCUGGCUUCCGUUUCCUGGAUAUUGAGCUUCCUCCUGGCUCUGGUCCAUUUAGUCCUCAUCCUGAGGCUGCCAUUCUGUGGGCCGCAUGAAGUCAAUCACUUCUUCUGUGAAAUCCUGUCUGUCCUCAAGCUGGCCUGCGCCGACACAACACUCAAUCAAGUAGUCAUCUUCACAGGUUCUGUGUUCUUCUUGGUGGGGCCCCUGAGCUUGGUGCUGGUCUCCUACACACGCAUCCUGGCAGCCAUCCUGAGGAUCCAGUCAGGGGAGGGCCGCAGAAAGACUUUCUCCACCUGCUCCUCCCACCUCUGUGUGGUUGGGCUCUUCUUUGGCAGCGCCAUUGUCAUGUAUGUAGCCCCCAAGUCCCAGCACCCUGAGGAGGAGCAGAAGAUCCUGUCUCUGUUUUACAGUCUUUUCAACCCCAUGCUGAACCCCUUGAUCUACAGCCUGAGGAACGCUGAGGUCAAGGGUGCUCUCAGGAGGGCCCUGUGCAAAGAAAGUCAUUCCCAGUUGCUGUGA